AUGUCAUCCCCCAGCAAUAGCGACAGCGUGGCCGCUGCGCUUGAUGCGCAGAGCGGCACAGGCCAAAAGACAGCGGGAAUGUCAAUAACCACCUUUUUGGCAUCCCUAGCUACCGCUCUCAUAGUCUUCACAGCUGAAGUCUUAUUAUUUACGCUGCUCAAGGGAAAGUUGACCAGGAUUUACCAACCGCGAACAUAUCUGGUCUCAGAACGAGAACGUACCAACCCUUCCCCGCCCGGUCUGUUUCGGUGGAUUGCUCCUGUGUUCAGGACGUCCAAUUCAGAAUUCAUCCAAAAAUGUGGCCUGGAUGCUUACUUUUUCCUUCGCUACCUCCGCAUGCUUCUCAAAAUUUUUGUCCCACUUUCGUUCGUCAUCCUACCCGUGCUCAUACCCUUGAACAAAGUCGGAGGAAAGGACACACGUGCUGUUUCGGCCACAGAUGACACUCCUUACAAUGUAUCUGGAUUGGAUCAGCUGGCGUGGGGUAAUAUCGCGCCAGAGCAUACAGACCGUUAUUGGGCCCAUCUAGUUCUUGCUGUUGUCGUCGUCGUUUACGUGUGUGCUGUUUUCUUUGACGAACUUCGAGGUUAUAUCAGACUACGACAAACAUAUUUGACAUCACCUCAGCAUCGGCUGCGCGCAUCAGCCACCACUGUCUUGGUGACCGCCAUCCCAUCGAAGUGGCUGUCUGUAGAUGCUCUUGAUCGUCUGUUCGAUGUGUUCCCCGGAGGCGUCCGCAACAUCUGGAUAAACCGAAACAUGGAUGAGUUGAGUGAGAAAGUGAAACUGCGGAACAAACUCGCUUUGAAGCUUGAGUCGGCAGAGACGGAACUGAUAAAGAAGUGCAAGAAGGCCCAACUUAAACAGGUUAAAGCUCAGGCCAAAAAAUCCGGCAAAAAGUCGUCAGAGGUGGAUCGCGAAAAGAUGGCUGCGGAACAGAGAGCUUCCCGUCUCGCCCAGGGACCAGGAAUUAGUUCAGGGGAUCCCCAUGAGGCUCAUACCAUUCGGGAGGUAUUGCAUGGCCGAAUGCGUGAGUCGAAUGCAGCACAAGACGGACGUGGUAAUGGUUCUUUUAUUCCACAUGUAGGUGACGGGGUGGGGGCUGUGGGCUCGGGAGUAGCAAGGAUCGGAAAAACGGUAUUGGGCGGUUUCAGGAAGGCUGGUGACACGGCUGAGGGCAGAUUUCGAACCACCGGUGGAUUUGAUGGUGAGGUGGGAAAUAAUAUCGGAAGCCUACCAAACGAUAGAGUCGUGGAGGAAGCGAGCUCUGAAUUUAGGAAUGAAAAGCCUACUGUGGGCUUGAGGAGAGAGGGAGCCACUGCGGCCAACCCGCAAGGGGCGGAUGUCCAACACGAAGGUAGGGCCAAUCCCAACCUCGACCUUGAGGAGGAUGAGACUCGACUUUCCGGAGAAACGCAUAUGGAAGAAGGGCCCCCUGCAAUGGAUGGCCCGGCAGACCCACCAUCACGUCCAGCGAAAUUAAAACUAUGGAAAAGCUCGAAGCAGACAAACCCAAAGCCCAACCCUCAGGAUGACCAGUACCCAUUGACUGAACUUUCCCCUGUGACUCCCUCUGGUAAGAAGAAGAUAGCUCUGCGACUUAAAAGACACGCGCCUGCUAAAGAAGGCGAUCGGGUUGCAGGACAGGAAUACCCUCUGGCGUAUAACGAAGAGUUUGAGGAAGAUGACUAUGGCGACCCUCUGUGGAUGAAAUACAUUAAACAGAAGGAUCGUGAAACCAUGCGCUUACCCAUUUUUGGUUGGACAUGGAUGCCCGCCAUACCUCUUCUUGGCAAGAAAGUCGAUAAGGUCUAUCACUGCCGCCAGGAAGUCGCGCGCUUGAACCUUGAAAUCGAAGUAGAUCAGCGGAACCCGGAGAAAUUCCCACUCAUGAAUUCGGCUUUUGUUCAAUUUAACCAUCAGGUGGCUGCACAUAUGGCAUGCCAAUCCGUCAGUCAUCAUAUACCCAAACAGAUGGCGCCACGAUUGGUGGAAAUAUCUCCAGACGACGUCAUUUGGGAUAAUAUGUCGAUCAAAUGGUGGGAGCGGUACCUGAGAACCUUUGGGGUGCUCGUCAUUGUUACAGCUAUGGUUAUAGGCUGGGCUUUCCCUGUUGCUUUUACCGGCUUGCUCUCUCAACUUGCAUACCUGGAAGGGAAGUUUCCUUGGCUUCGAUGGAUUUCCUCAAUGCCUGACUGGUUGAUUUCAGCAGUCCAGGGUAUCUUGCCCCCACUAUUUCUUGCUAUCCUCAUGGCCAUCUUGCCACUAAUCCUCCGGUUUCUCUCCCGGAACCAAGGCGUGCACACAGGGAUGGCUGUUGAGCUAACCGUGCAGAAUUAUUAUUUUGCAUUUUUGUUCGUUCAGAUAUUCCUCGUCGUCUCAAUUUCGUCUGGCUUCACGACUAUUUUCAAUUCCAUCACGGACGUGACAAGUAUACCCCAACUUUUGGCUCAGAAUAUUCCUCGUGCGAGUAAUUACUUCUUUUCCUACAUGGUGCUCCAAGCAAUGUCUGUCAGCGCUGGCGCACUGGUUCAGAUUUUUGCUCUCGUUAGCUGGUUUAUCCUGGCUCCGAUUUUGGACAACACUGCUAGAAUGAAGUGGGCGCGGACCACAAACCUGAAUCAGAUGCAAUGGGGUACUUUCUUUCCGGUCUAUACGACACUAGCAUCGAUUGGGCUUAUCUAUUGUGUUAUUUCUCCGCUCAUCAUGGUAUUCAAUGUUCUCACCUUUGGACUCUUUUGGUUUGUAUAUCGAUACAAUACGCUCUAUGUCACGAAAUUUCGCUUCGAUACGGGUGGUCUUCUUUUCCCGAAAGCUAUCAAUCAGCUUUUCACUGGCAUCUACGUCAUGGAAAUCUGCCUGAUCGGCAUGUUUUUCCUAGUCAGAGACUCGGAAGGAAAUGUUGCUUGUGAAGGCCAAGCAAUAUGUAUGAUCGUGGUUGCCAUUCUGACGGUCGGUUUUCAAUACCUUCUUAAUGAAGCAUUCAACCCUUUAUUCCGGUAUCUCCCGAUCACGUUGGAGGACGAUGCCUGUCGCCAAGAUGAAGAAUUCGCUCGAACCCAACGGCGGAAACUGGGUCUUGUAGAAGAAGAGGACGAAGAGGAGAGCGAUCAAGACAACGACAGCGCAUUCAACCAAGGCGAGAGACUAGACGAGCAGGGCGACAUCAAGUUAGACCGUAUUGAGCGCAGGAAGGGAAGGAAAGGAACAAUGACUAGACAGAUCGGCAAACUCAUCCCGGGCAAGUCGAAACGCAUUUCAUGGGCCGACCGGUCCAAAAACGGCCGGUCCAAAUACUUUGGCGGACGAUCCGACACCACCAUCCCGACCGUUCAACGCAUGCGUGAAAAGCUGGCACACGAUGCCGAAUCGCAGGCCCCAUCCACCCGCGCCAUCGGCCAAGCUCUGUUCUCCGGCAUCCACGACGAGCUUGAAGACCUGACUCCGGACGAGCGUGACCGACUCGUCCAACGGGCGUUCCAACACGAAGCUCUCCGCAUGAAACGGCCCGUUAUCUGGAUUCCUCGAGAUGAUAUUGGAGUCAGUGAUGACGAGGUGUUCCGCACGCAGCGAUUCAGCAAGCAUAUAUGGAUUAGCAAUGAAUAUCAAGCGCUGGAUGGACGGUGUCGGGCGAUUUUUAGUCGGAGUCCACCUGAUUUCUCUGAAGUGGAUUUGAUUCAGCUCUGA